AUGAUGACAGUCUCGUCGUCUAAGGUAGUUGACCAUCACCACUAUGAUGGCCUCCAAGGGCAGCAACAGCGAGAACGUGGACGAUAUCGUCGUCCUGAAUCAAUCACCACUGCCUUGUUAAGUGACAAAUCAGCAUCUCCUUCUUCCUUGUCACCGCCGUCGCCACCAACACAACAACCACAGCAGCAACCACAGCAGCAAUCACAGCAGAAUAUACUCAAAGGUUCCAAAGUUCCUUCGCAUCAUAGUCAUAGUCAUAGUCAUGGUCAUACUGACACCCACAGACAACACCCUUUUCCAUCAGCCAAGUUCGAUUCUUUGAAUAAAAUCCCCAACAUAUUGUGUGUCAAUUUUAACCAAGAUCAUGGAUGCUUUGCAAUAAGCCAUGAAAACGGAUUUUUGGUUUACAACAGCAAUCCAUUGGAUCUAAGAGUCAAAAGACAUUUCAAUACCACCACCACCGCCACCUCCGCCGCCGCCGCUUCGUCUUCGUCGAACUUGCAUCAACAUCAUCAACAUCAUCAUCAUGUCAGUAGUGUUGAUGGCAGCGUCAAACAUGCUCUGGGCUCACCCUCUUUACAAGGAGAACCCCAAAAACUAGGUCAAACGAAUAGCAACAACUACACUCAUGUGGGCUCUGGAAUCGGCCACAUUACAAUGUUGCAUAGAACAAAUUAUCUCGCCUUGAUUGGAGGAGGCAACCAGCCCAAGUUUCCCAACAACAAACUCAUAAUCUGGGAUGACUUGAAGAGGAAAAUAAGCUUGCUGGUUGAAUUUGAUAAACCAAUCAUCAACGUGCUCUUAUCGAGAACAAGAAUUGUUGUUGUCUUGGUGAAUGAAGUGGCCAUAUAUGCAUUUACGUCACCACCCAAAAAAUUGGCUACUUUUGAAACUUGCAACAAUGAAUCAGGAGUAGCUAGUCUUUCACUGACUGGUAUAAGUAAUAAUAAACUUGCAACAACAUCAUCGUCAACCACCACCACAGCGGCUUCGUCAUCAACAAUAACACCAACUUCGUCAUCAUCAGUUACUUCAAUCAAUAUACCAAACACUCAAAAACCACAGGACCAAUAUAUGCCCUCGAUGCAGCAGCGAGGAAGCUAUGGGUCAACCACUAGCAAUAAAAGUAACAAUAGCCAAAGUAGUAAUUAUUCAGUUGGCGAUAACUCUGCUGCAGCUAGACCCAUGAAGUAUUCUAGUAAGAAAUCUCAAAAUGGAGCAAUCUUGGCAUGUCCCGGUAAGGCAAUUGGCCAAAUCCAAAUAAUUGAUCUUGGAAACGAACAGGAAACGUCUAAAAAUGGAGCAGGAGCAGGAGCCGGUGCAGGCGGACCAAGCGGAGGAACAGGAGCAGGAUCGGGUGGAGGGUCCAACAUAUCCAGUUCGUCGUCAAUUCGAAUCGUCAAGGCACAUAAAUCUGCCAUCUACAACAUUUGCUUAAACAAACUGGGCACUCUAAUUGCCAGUGCCUCGAUAUCGGGGACAAUCAUUCGUAUCCAUUCGACGAAAACCACGAAUCUAUUGUAUGAGUUCAGGAGAGGAAUUGACAGAGCCGUUAUAACGUCCAUGAAGUUUAAUCACAACGACACUAGAUUGGCUGUCUUGUCAGACAAAUACACAUUGCAUGUUUUCGACGUUGAAAAUCUCAACCAGGAAAACCACAGUAGCAACAGCAACAGCAGCAAUAACAGUAACUACUACAACUACCACAAUAAUACUGGUGAAGCCGAUGUUCAUACAAAUCAUAACAAGGAGCAUAUUUUAAACAAGUACAUGUCAUAUUUGCCAAUGCAAUUUUUGCCCCAGUAUUUCAAAAGCACGUGGAGUUUCUGCAGUGUCAAUACUAGCAAAUACCAUCCCAAUGAAACGGUGUUAGAUAAGGGCAUUUUGGGCUGGCUGGACAACGACACCAUCAUCAUCAUUUGGCCCAAGAAAAAGAUCUGGGAAAAGUAUCUCAUUUCGAGACAAAGCAGUAGAGGCAGCAGCAGCAGCAGCAACAACAGCAGCAACAACAACAACAACAACAACAACAACAACAGCAACAACCACAACCACAACCAUGCUGAAGCUGAAAAUGAAGAUUACGAAUGGGAUAUUCUGAGAAUAAGUUGGAAGUCCCUCGAACAAAACAAACAUUAG